GCAGCUGUAUAUUUCGGUGCUCGAAUCCCCGGGCACAAUCUCUAGCCAUUAUGUGUAAUAGGUGCUUAAUAAACACCUGUUAGUUGGUGAUGGCGAAAGCUGAUGAUCCCAAACUAUUUCUACUUAGCUGGAAUACGUACCCUUGCGUAUUGUAGGAUUGAUCUUCCUACUCAUGAGUUCUCCGGCCGUAAUGGAUUUUGUUUUAAUUUCCCAAGAACAGAUCAACAUGAUUUAGGGAAGGGUGAACAGGGAAGAAUAUUGGGGAAGAAACGUGGCAGUUGUAACAUGGCACAUGAAUGAAAAAAGUAGUUUCUGAAGUCCUUGUUAUGGGAUGUGUGCCGUGUUAGGCUCGAGGGAAGCUUACGUUCCACGGGUGGGAUGACCACACCCACGGAACAGUCAUGCCCAGAGAGGAGCACUUUGCUGUUGCAAUUUACAAGAGUGGUAAGAGGAUGCAAAGCGGACAGUGGUGAGCUACAGAGAAAACUACUCCAUCUAGAGACAUUGGGAGAGUUAACUUGAUCGUGGUAUAUAGUAAAUGAAUUGGAGAGGGUAGGGAAGUGAAACGAUGUGUCUGGGAUUUUCCAUUAAUAACUGACCAGGAAAUCAGUCACUGAUCAGAAAGGGCAGAAAAUUGCUUCAGGGACGCACUCUCUAGUAUGGUUGGUGAGACAUUUAGUAAGAAGGUAGUGGAGCAAUAUUUUAGGGAGGAUAGAGUAAGGAAACAAUGGAUGCUGUGCAGUACAUAGAGUGAGGAGGAGCUAAGUUCGGAUUCUCCUUCAUACCUCUCAGAAAGAUGGCAGACAUCUUACCUCAAAUGGAACUGUGUCCUCAUUGUAAGAAACAAUUUAAACGGUUAAAGUCUCAUUUACCUUUCUGUAAGAAGGUAGGAACCAUCCUUCCUUUUAAUUCAGACAUUACUAAUUCCAAGGCAGUUUUCUUUCAAGCUCCCAAAUCAAAGAAGUUACCAAAAAAGCUGACAAAAACUGAUCGUGAAGAGACACUUAAAAAAGAUCAAAGUAAGAGAAGAAACAUGAACCUUAUGAAAGUUAGACUACAUAAUGCUGACUUAGAAAUGAGAAUUGCUAUGCAGACAGCUGAAGAGAUGAAGAAGCAAAUUAAAAAUAACUCUCAAAUGACACAGAAUUCUACUAGACCAAAGAAGGUUGUGUUUUUGGCUGAGAAUGGGCAUUUGUUUUCUGCAGAAAAAAAAAAUUCCAAAGCAAAAUUUAAAAAAUAUUUACCUAAAUCGGGGGAAGAUAAGAACAAAAAUCCUUCAGAAAUUUUUGGGAGCAGCUCUUCCAAAUGUUCUUUUACCAAUGAAGAUAAGAUAUAUUGGUCAGGCUUGCUGAAUGAUAAAAUAAUUGAGCACCCAGGACAGAAAUUCCUAGCAGAAACAUUAGACUUGCCUUUCAGUAUUUGUGAGACUUUUCCAAGUCUUGAUAGAAGUCAGAAUCCUUAUGCAACUUUACAAAGCAAUGAGAGAGGCCUCAAAGCUUGGGACCCCAUUUCAGAAGCCUCAUACAGUGUCAAUAAUUCUGAGAUCCCGAGAAAAAGCAUAGGAUCCUUUUUCUCAACCAAUUAUGUAAAUUCCUCAUUGUCUAAGUCACUCCAAACUGGAGGAAGAGAGAACCAUCAUAUCAAACAUAGAGCAAAGAAAAAAGGGUUUCAUUUUGGAUUGGCAGCUAGAAAGUGUAGUUGGGAUAAAGAAUCUAAAGACAAUAAAUCACCUGAGGUAAAAGUACCUAAAUUGGAUUACAUGAGAGAUGCCAUGAGGAAGCAAGUUAAUAACAAUAAUUUAGCCAUAGAGAAGAUACCUCACCAUGACAAUCCUGAUUCAGGUUGUGAAGAAUCGCUUUCUUUGGCAGAUUUAGGUAACCAAAGCCUUUCUACUUUGGUUUUAAAAUAUCUACAAGAAGAGGAAGAUCUAGUCACUCCAGUUAAUCCAGUGGAGAGUAAGAAACCAGUAUUUUCAGAGCCUUAUCCUAAUCCCAAUACAUGGGCAACACACACUAAAUAUAAUCAGCAACCUUUAAAUCUGGCCUGUCAUUUUGCUCCUAAAAACCUGACUGGUGGUCAUAUUGAAACUACUGGCAGCAAGAGCCUACCUACAUCCUUGGGACUGGAGUGGUUUCCAGAACUCUACCCUGGGUAUCAACAUCUGGGAGUGUUACCAGGGAGACCUCAGAAGGGGAAUAUUGAGAUACAGAAAUUUCACCACAGUCUCCCAGAAGAGGAAAGAGUUUUACAAGCUCCUCCUUUGGAAAGAAAUCUGAUGGAUUUAAAGAUUGGAAGGCUUCCAUCUUGGCUUAGAGUGUCUAAUUUCUCUAUAAUGGGACUGCUGGGAAAAGUACAAAAAGCCUGGAUUAAAUACCCCAAAUUUGUCAGCUUGAAGAAGGGUGGCGCCGGUUGCAUCACCAUGUUCUGUGCUGGAUACUGGGUCCUUUGCUACAGUUGGAGUUUCAAGCACCUGAGUAAGAUUUCCUGGCUUUGGGGCUUGAAUUACAGACCCUUAAAUGAUGAGUUGCAGCGUUGGCGCAAGCACAACUGACUGAUCUGGACACUAUGUAUUGUGUCAAGAGUUCUUCUGAUAGACUGAGACGUCGUGAGAAGCAAUGGAAAUUUAUAUAAAAGCUUAAGUUUUCAAUUGGGAAGAGGGAGGAGGAACAGUAAAGUUUUUGAAGUAUGUUGAAGUAUUAGUGGUACAUGUAUAAUUUUUAUCAAAUUGCUUGCCUUUAGUUGGGUGGGGAAGGAGGUAACUUGGAACUCAGAAUUUAAAAAAAAAUGUUUAA